AUGACUCGACAGAUCGUGCUCCCCCGCCAAGCUCAAGUGACAAACCAGAAGAUGCGGUUCGCCGAGAUCGUCGGAGAAACAACCGCAGACUGUGCCGCCGUAUGCUGCUGCAUGCCUUGCGGGCUUGUGAAAUUGCUCGUUCUCACCAUGUAUAAGUGGCCUGCGGGGCUCUGCAGGAAAGCGUUAAAGCACAUGAAGAAGAAGAAGGAGCAGCAGCGCUUGAAGAACAGACUUUUGUCGCAGAAGCAGAGGUGCACUUGUGGAUGCAACGAGACAGAGUUGCAAGCACUCCCAGUUUCGGUGGAUUUGUUGCCGUUGGAUAACUCGGACAAGGACGACCAGACGGCAAAGGAGUUUCUUGAGUUGGACAAGGAGAUGUGGGACCAGUUCUACAAUGCUGGAUUCUGGAGAAGUCCUUCAAACAGGGAUUAG